CAGACGAAGUAGUAGAAAUGAAAAAUAUAAAUAUUUUGUGUAAGUGAACAUUGCAGAUAUAGUCUUUAGAAAUGUAACAACAAACGAAAAUAAUUCCUUUUUAUGAAUACAGUGUGAAGAUAUCUACACCCGGGCUUUUUCAGUCUCCUUCGCCGUUCUAGCAUUACUGUGCUGCGCUUGUCGACUGAUCACAUAUACGAAGGCACUGAAGACAAUGAUGGAGGAGUAUAAAGCUAGGCCAAUUUCUAAAUAUUACACAAAGGAAUAUAGUGAAAAAGGUUCAAUAGACGUGAAGGGAGAGGUCAGACGUGUUGGGAAUUCAAAAAUUGUGUCUGUAUCCUGUCACAUGAACAUCCCAAAAAGCCGCCCCAUUUUGCGAUGGGUCAUCUGGUGGAUCAUGUGGUGGCGGGCGAAACCUGACAGCUCUCCCAAAAUGAUAGGAGGUUCAUUUUUUCAUGAUGGACCAAUAAUGGGAAGAAAUAAUAUCAGGUGGCAACACAGGAAAGAUCUUCUAAACAAACUGAAACCACACUUGUUGUGUGCAGUGGAAAACCAAAAUGCAGAGUCUUACUUAAAAUCAAACAAUUCAGGUGAUUACCUUAGAAUGUACUUCAUCAUGGACAAGUGCGACCCUCCUGGCGUGUUCCGCUGUGAGGCUCUAAUCAAAUCCUACAAUGUCAGAAGCCACGAGGUACCUCUUUACGGAGAGUUCAAGGCUGGGGAAACAUCAGAUGGCAGAGUGGAUCCCAAGUGUAAAGAGGGAAAGAAACAUAAGGAAGAAAAGAAAAAGUACCUGCAACUUUACGACUCUCUUCCCGACUUUUACAUGCAUUCCAUGAGGAGAGACUUCCUUAAAUCAGAUCAUGUAAAAGGUGACCCCCUAAACUGGCCAGCAGAAGGUGGAUAUACGAUAAUGAAUGCAAAGUUUAGUGAAAAGGGAGGUCUGAGAUUCAUGGAAUUACAAUGCAAAGUGAAUAUUAGGAAAGUCAAGAAAAAGGUGGAAUUAGUAAAAGAGUUCUAUUUUUUCUAUCAACCUGAGGAGGACUGGCCAAACGCACGGGUGAUUCUGGCAGGCCUAGUGAGGGAUAAAGGAUUAUGGGUAGAUCCCUACCGAAUCCGCAUGUUUCCUCAGUUACGUAUAUUGUUGGAUAAACACAAAGGCAUGAUAUGGAGGGGCAGUGAAGGAAGUGGAAAACGUGCAGUGUUUACAAUAACGAUACCUAUGGAUUUAUGCGAUACUCUGAAGGGAGCGUUCCAAUGUCAGGCUAAAAUAGCGGCUCAUGGAUUCUCAUCUAAAAAAUACACAAUGGUCAGAGGAUGGUACAAAUUAAAGGACACACCAUUCUCAUCGAAGAGUAAAAACUGUAAUGCGAAAAAAGCAAGAGUUGGCAAACACGGCAGAAACAGCACUGCUGCUGGAUCUGAUUUAGAUGUGGGUUCAAGUGACGAACCUGCUGUUGUACAUUUGAUCGGAGAAAAGGAGGAGGAAUCCUCGGGCAGCGGAGGAGUGAUCGGUGCUAUUUGUGGUGUUGUGGCGGUGGGUGUGAUUGGAUUUGGAGGUUAUAGGAUGUACUCGUUAAAGAAAAAUGGCGCUCAAAAGGUUGAAGAAGGCGCAAAACCCAGUAACCAAGGAGCCGGUAGAGGGCGCGGCAGGGGUCGUGGACGCGGAAGAGGAAGAGGACAGACCAAGGAUGAACAGCCAUGACGUCAUGAAUCUGUCACCGAUCAGCAAACAUCUGAAAAGGAAGUGGCCUGGGGAGUUCCGAGUGGACGGCUAUUUCCUGUUGUACGGAGUCGUGGCAUUCGCAAAGAGAAUACAUGCACCGCUUCAAUUCACAUAGAAAUGUGCAAACAUUUUUAUAAAGAAAUCGUCAAAUUAUAUUAUGAAUUAAUAAAUAAAUACAGGAUAUAUAAAAUU